AUGGUGUCCUGCAAGGCUGUGGUUGCCCUGCUGGUGGUACACGUGGCCGCCAUGCUGGCCUCCCAGACAGAAGCCUUUGUCCCCAUCUUCACCUACAGCGAACUCCAGAGGAUGCAGGAGAAGGAGCGGAAUAGAGGGCAAAAGAAAUCCCUGGGCCUCCAGCAGAGGUCUGAGGAGGUGGGCUCUCUGGACCCCACAGAGGCCGCGGAGGAAGAAGGAAAGGAAGUUAUCAAGCUGACUGCUCCUGUGGAAAUUGGAAUGAGGAUGAACUCCAGGCAGCUGGAAAAGUACCGGGCCGCCCUGGAAGGGCUGCUGAGCGAGGUGCUGCUAUCCACACAGAACGGUAGGAGGGGGGCGACCUGUUAA